CGACAGGCACGCGACGUUAUAUAUACCAUAAUAUAGGUGCGGACUAACACAUUUUGGUGUCACUUGUAAAAUCAAUGUAUCACCCAGCUAGCGAACAGCUCUCAGGUCCGGACCAUUUAACCUGAUCCCGCCUAUCCCUUCUACCACCCGCCUUGAUCAACCAGGAACCCCCUGGCAAAUCCAGAAUAUUUUAUCCAGAACAGCCCGGAUCACAGGGUAUCCUCGCCGAUACAUAUACUACACACAUCUCUACACACACUAAACUUAUGCAUACUUAAUUUGUAUGGGCUAUAGUACACUUGUGCAUCGAUACAUCGCGAUUAUUAUAAAAAGAAGGCGCGCUGACUAAUUGGGCCUAUUAAACCGUCGCGAUAAUUUAUUAAAAUUUUACUUCAAAAGCACUAUUGUAUGACAAAAGUUCGAUAUGCGUACAUAUUUUAAUAUUUAAUUUCGAGGUGUGGGUGUAUCGUUGGAUAAUAUCACAUCAAGUGUACGCACAAAUUUUCAACGAUUAGUUACAUUUGGAUCUUUUUCUUUCUAUAAUGACAAGAAUAAAUUUUUUUUUUUAGAUUAUUAAUCGAGUAACGAUCAACGCUGUAACAAUAAUGAUUUUAUAUUGAAACUUUCGUCAAUCCAUGGAACUGGAUCCGAUGAACAUCGAACGAUAUCCUGAAUAUGGUAAAAGAAGCUAGUGUGUAAAAAACUUACUGCUACGAUAUCCGCUAUGUGUUAUAAUGAAAGGUCAGCGGCAUUAAAAAUAGUCCUUUGCUGAAUAGUCAGAGGGGCUGCAGCGGAUUCCUUCCUAGCACUAAUUCAUCUCAUAUUAUUAUUAUACCCGUCCCGUGUGGCUCAGUUAGUGAACUAAUUACCCCGCGAAUCGCACGUAUUAUAGGUACAGAUAUUUAUUUAUUUCUUAUAUUUGAAACGAAAGGGUUCAAGUUCCUGGAAUAUCAGGAUUGUGAAUCGUGUAAAUGCAAUAAACGCAUAUAUUACCAGUCGAGAAAUUAUUCAGCUACUAGGAUCAAUUGACAGAGGAAAUUAUUACCAUGACAAUGACCAGAAGAUCUAUAACCAUUGGAGCCGAAAGUUUAGAGAAAUGGAAAAAAGGAGGAACGUCGCAGGUGUUUUGAGUGAAGAAUGCAAUUACGUGCUUUACGUUAUUCACUGCAGAGACAUUCCUGCUCCAAAGAGAUAUUUCAGAGUAAUGUAAAAAGAAAUCCAACGAGGCCGAUUUGGAAGUUGGGGUGUGUGUGAGCUAAGAAAUGAGUGAUCUACAGGCUACUCUCGAGUUCUCCCUCGAACUAUGCAAGUUCUACAAUGUCGACCUUUUCCAACGUGGUUAUUACCAAAUACGUACAGCCCUCAGAGUUUCGCCUAAGCUGCCCGUCAAAGUUGAAGUAAACCAGUUGCGCAACCAUUCUUUGGAGGAACCAGGUACCAGCAAAAGAUUCCAGAUUCUUUACCGCAAUGAAGAAGUAACUUUAGGUACUUCGGUCCUGUUUCGUGCACACGUACUUGUACAUAGUCACAGAAUCGAGGAGACCCUUUCUCGAACUCAUUUCAAUCUUGGUAUCGAGUUAUGGUUCAGUCAACCCACUCAACCAGGCAAUAUGACCUGCGUUUCAUCAAGAGCUCUACAGUUAAAUUUUACCCCGACAAAAGGACUGCAUUAUCAUCUACCCGUACUCUUCGAUUAUUUCCAUCUCGCAGCAGUUUCCAUCACCAUUCAUGUCUGCCUCGUCGCUCUACAUCAACCUUAUAUAAAAAAAAGUAUUUUGCAUUACGUACAAAGUUGUGCUCCACGUGGAGGCAAGCCAUGGUUACAGUUUAAGCAAACCGGUGUGAAUGAUGAAAGCAAAAUUCUGUUCGGAAAUAUUGAACAUACUACCAGAUGUGUGGGUUCCGCGACAAGGAUACACCACGCUCAACUGGUGCAACAGGAAGUAGUCCGGCUUCUGCUGACCGCUCGAGAAUCUCUGCUUGUUGAAAUGGCAGAUCUUGCUCGUCUACUUCCUUCCUGGCAACAGAGAGCCCUAGAGCUAGCGCAAAAUACUCACAAAGAAAUUACCAAGGUCGAAAAUAUGAUGAGCACAGAAGACGCAGAUAUAGCGCAACUAUGUGCUCAAAAUAUCGUCCUGUGGCAGCACUUUCUCGAAGCCUUUUCUGGUCGGCAAGCUGUGCACGAGCAUCUGGCUCACAUUCAUCACCAGCUAAGAGUGAACAGAUUCGCAGAGGGCUUUUUCGUUUUGGGGAACCCCCGGACGUCAGCGGCUGGUUGUUAUGACGCCAAUUAUCAAUCGUAUCAAGCUGUUAGCGAGGCUGCGAGGAGAUCUCGUUACCUUUCAGCGUUACCACCGCUUCCAGUCCAUUGUUUGGAACUAGAUGGCGAUUUUCACUCGCUUCCUCUUAUUUUCGAAGACCAGUACGCCGACAUGCAACAUAGACACCGGAACAGUGUUCCUAGCAUGGAUGACUGCAGUUGUGGCAUUGCAGCGAUAUUAGAAAAACGUUCCACCGAUUUGUGGUCCCCAAGAAACGAGAGCAUAGCUCAGAGCAUUGGCUCCGUGCACGGACGGGUAGUUUUAGCACCCUCAACUCUCCCUGCGAGGCACAGUAAAUCUCUCGAUCAACUUGGACCGGAAAUAAUACCUCCGCAGAUUCAGACGCCUGCUAAGACACUCCCGAGAUCUGCCUCCACGCAACUCAUACCUCGGCACAGAGCUGCGUUUCAUAACGGUACACUGCCAGCUACGGUUCCUAGUGCAAGGAGCAGACACCCCUCCGGAGGGCAUCACAGUGGCCUAUUUUUUUCUAACACGCAUCAGGCUUGUUCGGCGCCAAACCCUUCUCUCGGUACAACACCUGUCGCCACUUUGCCAAGAGCCAAGUCUACUCAGCUCCUCGUACCGCAUGCGGGGCAACAACAAGCCCGGGGUUCGUCGCAUACUGCGAUUAAUUCCAACGUAGAUUCAAGGUCGAUAACAUCCCUGCUAGCAGCGAUGUUUCCAGAACUUCCUCUCAAUGGAUAUUUUCCUGGUUAUCGACCCUCCUCAGUAACCGGUGAGCAAGUAUCUUCUUGUGGAAUUUAUCAGACGAUUCCUAAUACGCCCUUAGGAUCUAUGGAACUGGUACAGCUGGCCGAUUGCCUGCCUUCCGAUAGUGCUGCAAAGCCACGGAGCAAGGAUAGGAAUGGAAGUUCUCGCUCCCCUGAAAAUCGUAAGAACCGGAAUGAGUCGCGGAUGAGCAAUUAUGGGACUGCAUAUCAGCCAUUGGUUGAUAGAGUGCCCGCUGCGUUUCCGACAAGCAAAUCAGACGUCAGUAGUUCUCCAUUUAAAGACUCUAUUAUCGACGAUAAGGCGCAGUCCAGAAUCUCACACAGUGAAACUCUAGAUCGUACACCUAGGGAUAAGAAGCGCAACCAAGAACACGUAAUCAAGUAUAAUACAAACAGCCUCCAGUUCUGGAGAUCUCACACUCAUGCCAAUGGGAAAUCCAAUUCAGGAUUGAAACGUUCUGUAAUUGAAAAUUCGACUGGUCAAAGUUUAAACAGUAGAAAUAUAGAGGAUCUUCUCAUUCCCGGCUCACUCGGGCGACUGCAUGCUAACAGAGGAGAAGCGGAGUCACAUGAGAACAGCGACGAACAAUUAAAAUGCCUUAAUAAAAGUGUAGAUAGAUUUCCAAUGCCCGAUGGUCUGACUCCGGGCAGAGAAGUCGACCGCAACAAUUACGGCCUGCGAUCUCAAAACGAGAAACCUAUCAUCGACGGAAAACCCGGACGUAGUAGUUCCCGGGCAGACCAGAGGGAAAAGCUACCGUUAUUCAAUAGGCGUAUUCCAGAUUCUCGAAAACCUCGCUAUGAAACAAUUGGUGUGAAACCUAAAUCACGUGGGGAGAAUCAGAGAGACCGAGAGAAGGGCUCUAGACGCCCACAUUCGGCUCCAGCCAUAGAAGCUGAGAAUUUUGAGUCUUCUAGGAAGUGCAGUCACAGAGGCAGAAGACCUGCGCCCCUCCCACAUGGCUUUAAGAAUAGGUUACCGAGCACCAAUGGUGCCACCCCUAAUGUCUGCGAACUGGAGAACAACAACACUAUCAUCCUUAAAACUGAGCCCCCUAAGUCACCUGUAGAAAUUCAAAACAGCAGUGAAAAAACUCUCAACAAUUCUUUUUCGGUGCAACAUGACGGUAGUAUUGGCCCCUAUACAACACGACUCAGAUGUGCCAGCGUUCCCGUAGAUCAAAAUAACCGAGUUGUUGUGCCACGAAGUGCUAUCUCUUUACCUUGCAUGCCUAUCAAUGACGGAAGAGAAACUUUCAGCAACAGUUUUGCAGUAAUUUCAAGUCUUUUAAGCCCGCCGUCCACAAGGCCUAGUAGUCUAACAACGAGCUCCAGCUCGAGCAAUUUGACGUCUGAGUGUUCGGGGUGGGUGAGUAGCGGGGAUACAUCCAGCUCAGAAAACCAAGAUCUAAAAUUAUCGGGGCAGGCGUUGCGACAGAAGCUGUCAAAGAUCGCUUCUAAAUCUAAGACUGAAAGUGUUCCUCAUUCUUCUGAAACGAGGGAAAGUACGGAACAUUCUUACGAAGAGGUACGAUUACCGCCGCCUAAGAUGUUUCAGGACGAACCGCCACCACCGGAGGAAUUCCAAGAUCCACCUGCCCCGAUAGAUAACCCAAUUUAUCACGUUUACGAAACGGUAAAAAGUGUGACAAACCAGAAACAUUGUAAGACUGCACCUUGUAGCCCGCAGAGGAGCCGAAUCAAGGAGCGAGAUAAUGCGUAUGGAAUGCAAGAUAUGUGUUUCGAUUGUUACCAAGAGGGAAAGGAACUUUUGCAGUCGACGCAGGACCACGUGGUAAAUUUCAAUAAGUGCAAGGAGGAGUUCAAGCAGCAGAUGGGCUUCUCUGGAAAAAUAUACAGAGAGAAAAAAGGCCUUCCGAGUCGAUGCCAUAAGCGCGCCCAUUCAUUUGGCAAUGGCGAACUCCCGACCCUACCGCUUCACCCUCUAAGAUCCAAUGUGCCUCUUAGUGAUUAUCCUACGCUGGCUUCUACACUGCCGUACUUCCACAUCAGCGACGAGUACCGACUCUUCUCACCCGAGGGUGUCCACCUUAUAAUAUGUGUUCAUGGUCUGGAGGGCAAUGCCGCAGACCUCAGACUCGUCAAAACCUACCUGGAAUUAGGUCUCACCGGAGCUCAUCUGGACUUUCUAAUGUCCGAGAGGAAUCAGGGUGACACAUUCUCAGACUUUGAUACGAUGACUGACCGCUUAGUAUCAGAGAUCCUUCAUCACAUAGAAACCUCAGGAUUAAACCCGUCCAAGGUUAGCUUCAUUGGGCAUUCUUUGGGGACCAUAAUUAUACGGAGCGCACUCACACGACCCCAACUUCGGCCGCUUUUAUCGCGCCUCCAUACCUUCCUAAGUCUCAGCGGACCACAUCUUGGUACUCUUUACAAUACAAGCGGUCUGGUGAAUGCAGGUAUGUGGUUCAUGCAGAAAUGGAAAAAAUCAGGAUCUCUGCUACAGCUAGCAAUGAAAGAUGCGGUUGACGUACGACACUCUUUCAUGUUUCGACUGAGCCAACGUAGCAAUUUACAACUAUUCAGACACGUUUUACUGUGCGGCAGUGCCCAGGAUCGUUACGUACCUCUACACUCGGCUCGUAUAGAACUCUGCAAAGCUGCUAUUCGGGAUCCAACGGAUCAAGGUGCAGCAUAUAGAGAAAUGGUACACAACAUAUUAUAUCCAGUGAUGUCUACUUCUGAUGUCAGUUUGGUGAGAUACGACGUUCAUCAUGCUCUGCCUCCGACUGCUAACGCGCUCAUAGGCAGAGCAGCCCACAUCGCGGUAUUAGAUUCAGAACUGUUUAUCGAAAAAUUUUUGCUCGUAGCCGGUCUGAAGUAUUUCAGAUAAAAAUUGGACAUCCUAGAAAUUUUGAAAAAUUCUUAAUCCAAUUAAUGCAGAAUUAGAUGCGGAACAUUUUAUCUUAGAUAUAAGUUGUUACUACAAAUUUACUUUACUUCAGUGUUCUGCAAUCAGGAAUAAAUUAUUUCCAAAAGGGAUUGAAUGUAACGAGACACACCAGACAAGGUCGCUAGACCAAAAAAAAAAUGGUAUAUCGUAUCACUGAUACUAAAAUACCAAGUCGCCACAUUGAUGCCUGAAAACAAUCUCAUUUACUAUUCAUAUACAGAAGCUACCGUUGGUUUCUGAAUAGGAAAAAAGAAAUUGAAAAAAAAAAAGGAACAAAGAACUCCAAAACGACGGUGAAUGCUACACACCCCUGUAAUUGAUAUAUAAUUACACAAACUCGAUAGUCACCAAAUAUUGUUUCCUCAUAGUUGAUAGUAAUAAAGAUAGGAUUGUCAUUGAAUAUUUAGAAUUUUAUAUGUACAUAUACAUAAAGUGUAUACACUUGAUAAGCAUGGAGAACGAAAAAAAAAUUGAAAAAAAAAAACUAGUCGA